AUGAGAAGCGCUAGCAGCGGCGGCGGCUCCCGCGCAGGCUCUGCCUGUUCCAAGCUCAUCGACGUGACUAGCAACGCACCGUUGCUGCUCCCACCCGCUGCCACGGCAGCCUCGCUAGAAGCGGAGGGAGCUCAUAAUUAUUUGCUUUUGGAUGUUCCUGUCACUCGAGAACAGCUUUGUCAUUAUCGGAAUGCAGCGGAAAUGGCCCAUAGUGAGCUUGCAGCCCUCUUGGUAAAGUAUGAAUGUGCCCAGGCAGAGCUUCUAGAUCUUAAAUCCAAAUUAGCCUCUAAAGUCGUUUCUAUCCACGAACUGAAGGCUGAAGUUGAGGGCUACAAAGAGAACAAUGCUAGGCAAUCUUCUCUCCUCUCCUCUAUGCAAAAUAGACUCCAGGAGAUUGAGAAGGAAUCUGGAACAAUUGCCAUGUCUAAACAACAAGUGGAUUUAAAAGCACAGGCCCUUCUUCAGGAGAAUUUGGAACUGAAGGGGACAGUCCAUGAACAAGAAGGUCAGAUCAGAAAAUAUUUGAAUGAAUCUGAAGAGAUGAAGAUCCAAGCCUCUAAGGCUAGCAGGGAGCAUAGUGAAUUUAUUACCCACCUUUGUAAUUUCUUUGACAUGGGCAUAAGAGGGAAAGAAGAGCCACAAGAACAACUGCUCUCAAAGAUCAGUGGCAUGAAUAAAGAGAAUGUAAUGCUAAAAGGACAAAUUGCCACACUCAAAGAAACCGUAAACGUUCAUGAGAUGGAGUCGAAAGCUAAUAGAGAAACCAUCAUGAGGCUUGUUUCAGAGCUGAGUAACGAGCAGAAAAAGACAGUGAGCUGCUCUCAAGACAUGGAAAAGCUAAGCAAUGAUCUAAGCAGUGCUACAACAGCUAAGCAGAACCUUGAGAAGGAGACCAGAAACCUCCAAGGCAGACUGGGUGCUUGUCAAAGGGCUUGGGAAGCCUCACAGGAAGAAUUGAGCCACCUAAAGAAAUGCUGCAGUGAGAAAGAAGAGAAGCUGAAAAGUAUUGCAGAGGAGGCCAGGGCUGAAAAAUGUACACACAAGGCAUUUAAAGAUCAAAUCACUACUCUGCUUGGAAGUAAUUCCGUUACAGUCAGACCAUCAAAUGAGGAUAUUAUGAAAACAAUUCAAGAAAUGUGCCAUGGAGAAGAGAGCAAAACAACAAUGCUAUCCCAGCUUGAAGCCCAAAUAGCGAAACUGACAGAGACACUGGAGGCUCAGACCAAGUCACACCAGGAAGCUUUGCAAAUGACCAGAAAAGCAGAAAGCAAAUCUGAGACACUUCACAAUCAAUUGAUGCGUCUGGAAGGGGAGCUGGUGUCUGGGGAUGUGAUACAAGAUUCUCUGAAGCUUGAGAAAGAAAAUUAUCUUCAGUUUUUGGAUCAGCUUUCUGAAAAGAUGAAUCUGAACCAUGUGACAGCUGAUAUUGGCUUUGACAUGAGGUUCGAGGCAAUAUUGGCUCGCGUGGAGCAAUUGACCAAACUGGAAGGACACACAUUGACAGAAAAUAAGAUUAUGGCACGAAAUUUGCAAAGAAAGUUGAAAACUCAAAAAGAGCAACUUGACAACAAAGUGCUACAGAUGAAACUUUUGCGUCAGAAGAUAGUUCAGCUGGAAGAAGAGAAGCAAGUACGCACAGCCCUGGCUGUGGAAAGAGAUGAAGCCAACCUUACUGUCAGAAAGUUACAAAAGAAACUGGACAGAUUACAGAAUGAACUUGCCUUGGCGAGAGAAACAAAUACAGACCUGAAAGUUAAAUUGGCUGACAUCAACGAACUGAAGAUCAGGACACUGGAGCAGGACAGAACUAUUGAAGACCUAAGCAAGUCCCAAGAGAAACUGGAAAAGAUGAAGAUGAAGACUGAGAAGCAGUUGACCUCUGUCAAGUCAGAGUUACAUGUUUUAGAGCACGAAGCAAAGGAAGAUAAAGAGAAGGCCAAAAAUAUGCUUGAAUCUGUUACCAGUGAACUGGCAACACUUAAAGCUGCUCUGGAGGCAGUAAUGAAAAAAGAGAGACAGCUGGCAGACUUCAGAGAAGUCAUCUCUCGAAUGCUGGGUCUCAAUAUUGCCACUGUUGCUCUUCCUGAUUAUGAGAUAAUUACUCGUCUGGAGGGGCUGAUCCAUUCUCAUCAACAUCACUUUGUUCCCUGUGUCUGCUUCAAAGACAUGGCAGUGAGGCAAGAUGGACCAUUGCAACUUCUCCACUGA